UUCUAUGUUGGUCAUCCGAAACUAGAGUUUGAGGGAAAUGCUGCAUUGCUUAUCUCAAGUGGAAGAUGAGACGAGGGCUGGCUAUUUUAUUCGUUCAUGGUAUAGAUUUUUUGGAAAAGGAAUGCUUAAAUUAUGCUGUGGGAGCUUGAAUUCUGUGGUUAAAAUCAGAAAUUCGAAAACGGGAUUAAGUGUUUUGAAUAUGCCCCUGUAAUUACCUAUCAAAAAAAAUAUAUGCCCCUGUUAUUGGAACAUGAAAGAGAUCCAGAGUGCAGGUUACAUGUCUUUUUUCAAGAGCGCAGGUUUCUUUUGACUCUGAAGUUAAUUGUGGAAUUGAUUGUAGUUGAUUCACUGAUCUCUUAGGUGCUAAAUAUCAUAACAUCAUGAAGAGGGGUGGUUUUAUUAGGUCAAAACAAUUCUUGAAGAAUCUGGUCCAUGCAUGUUGGAGAUUGUUGUUAUAAAAUUGAUAGAACAUAGUCUAGAAAGAGUAAGAGAGAGAAGAGGGGGCAGGAUCAUGACAAGAUGUUUUGUAAAAAAGAAUGAUAGAGCUACCUGGUAUUCUUGUUUUUUUAGAAUGUUGGAUAAGCAUUUUAAUUAUGCCAAGAUCUUGCAGCUUUGAACUGAAUGUGUCGAUACUUUCCAAAGCUCAAAGAUCUGGCAUUGUUGAUGGAAAUGAUAGGUGAUAUGUGAUCAGUCAGUUACUCUUGACAAGGCAACUCCAAUAUCAAUCCAGUGUGGGUGGUUUUAUUCUUAGAUGUUGUUCUCCUGUUCAUGCGUCUACUAGUUUUCCCCUCUUUUUACUUACCUUUUUCUGUCUCAUGUUGAAUGUCCUGUCACCCGAAUUCAGGUUACAUGAGGAUGCACCGGUCAUUAUUUAAUGGCUGGGUAAGUUCCUCCUCUAUGUGAUUUGACUUGGUAUUGAAGCCUCAUUUGUAGGGCUGUGCAAACCCUCCGCCUACUCCGACUCCGUCCGACCUCCGCUAAGUUUCUAACUUUGACGGAGUUGGAGUUGUCAGAAUUCGGAGUUGGAGUUCGAAGCUUCAUGAAGCUUUGAACUCCGAACUCUGAUUUUUACAUCUAGUUUUUUAAAAAAUAAAUAAAUAAACGAUGUCGUUCCACUUAGUGUGGAACGACGUCGUUUCUUCACACGGGGGUCCAAAACGCAGGACCCCCCUUCUUCCUUCUUCUUCCCCUCACUCUCUCCCUUCUUCUGAAUCUUCUUUGUUCCCCUCACUCUGCUCCGUUCCUGUUUGCUAUCGUGAUCCACUGAUCUUGCCGUUGUUUGCGCUGUUUAGCCUUUGCGACGCCAUAACUGGCACUGAGAGCCACAGACAUCAAAAUGGAAUUAGCAGACAGAGCAGUUGGGCUUCUGUUAUCUUUUGUCAGCUUAUCCAUAUUCACAUAUUAUACUUUCUGGGUCAUAAUUCUGCCAUUUGUAGACAGUGAUCACUUCAUCCACCAGCAUUUCCUACCACAAGAAUAUGCUAUACUAAUACCUGUAUUUGCGGGUGUGGUACUACUUUGUUUGCCAUGUGUAUUCAUUGGAUUUGUGAUGCUCAAAUCCCAAAAGAAGAAGGCAUGAUGGAAGUACUUAUUUGUCAUUUUUUACAGCAACUCAAAGAUGUAACUUAUUUGUCUUGUUCAUUUUGCCUUUAUUCUAGAACAUUUUCUAAUCUGGCCGAGUGUUUUAGUUUUGGAUUUGUUGCAGCAUGCUGAUUUUGUGAAUAGAUCUGUAUCCUUUCUACAUUCUACUACUAUCUGAAGCUCACAUUUCGUCA